UGUUCAUCACUUCAUUCUCCCCCCUGGCUCUUGGUUGCCUCAGGCCUCGUUCUGUACCUUCUUCAUGCUCUUUGGCAUUCAAUCCAAUACAACCGAUUGAGAAAACUUCACGGAUGCGGUCCCAUCGCAGCGUAUCCCCAAUGGGAUCGCAUCUAUGGCCUUGACCUUGCGUUGAGCCAACUCAAAUCUCUCCGCAACAACACAUUCAUCCCAUGGCUCGCAGCCAUGCACGAGGGACAGCCUUCUACAUUCACUGUGCGUUUCCUUGGAAAGCGCCAGAUCUUCACCAGCGAAACGGAGAAUCUCAAGUCCAUGACUGCAAUCAAUUGGAAGGAUUUUGGCAUCAGUCCAUUGCGUCGACACACAAAAGCCUUUCAUCCUUUUGCAGACAAGGGUGUCAAUACUGUGGACGGUGAAGAUUGGGUUUUUGCUCGUCAUCUUAUCAAGCCGUUCUUCAACCGAGACAUGUAUACCAACACAGAGAGAAUCAGACCUUUUGUGGACACGCUGUUUACCCUGCUUCCACCCGAUGGAGAGACUUUCAACAUUCAGCCAUUGAUGCAACGAUGGCUGGACCUGACCCUAUUUGCANNGUUCCUCGAUCUGACUACUGACUUUAUCUUGGGCGAACCUAUGGGCGCACUUACGCAUCCCACCCGAGCCAAGAUUACUUGGGCGAUGCUUGAUGUUCUUCGGGGCAGCAGGCAGCGUAUGCAGCUAGUCCGCAUCAUCAAGUGGAUCAACUGGGACUGGUGGCUCAAGGCCGUCCAAGAGGUGCACGACUUUGUUGACGUGCACAUCAACGCAACCUAUGCCGAAAUCGCAGCUAGAAGAGAACUUGUGGCCAAUAAGAAAAAUGUAGGACCUGAACGAGAGGAUCUCCUCUGGUACAUGGCAAGCGAAUGCCCGGACCAUGAAGAACUACGCUCGCAACUCUCUCUGUUGCUGGUACCCAACAACGAUACGACUUCAAUCUUUAUCAGCAACGCCAUCUGGCAUCUCUCUCGCCAUCCCGACAAAUGGGCAAAGUGCCGUGAAGAGGUCAUCUCGGUCGUCGGCGAGGGCGACGGGGCAGAAGAGGGGCUUACCUUUGCUGCCCUCCGCGGUAUGAAGUAUCUCAACGCCUGUCUCGACGAAACCCUCCGUCUCAAUCCAAACAACGUCACUCAAGUCCGCGUUUGUGUCAACGACACCACGCUUCCCCGUGGCGGCGGUUCGGACGGCCAACAACCCAUCUUUAUCCGCAAAGGCGACACCGUCCAAGUGACCAAGACAGUGCAGCAGCGCAACACAGAGUACUGGGGCGAAGACGCCGAUGUGUACCGCCCCGAGCGCUUUGAAGGCCUCAAGCCUUUCUGGGAAUUUGUGCCGUUUAGUGGUGGCCCGCGUCGUUGUCCUGCACAGAUGAUGGUGAUGACCGAAGGUGCGUAUAUGGUUGCUCGUCUGCUUUUGCGGUACCGAAGAGUCGAGACUAGGGAUUCGAACCCAUACACUGCGCUCAUGAGAAUCGGGCCCAGCAACAAGACCGGUGUCUUGGUUGCAUUUUACAAG